AUGAGUACUAAAAAUAUUGAAGAUGCUAAAUGGAAGGGUCAAGAAAAAGAAGCUGCAGGAGCAGAUAUAAUAUUCAUUGAAAAUGAAAGAGCAUUUUCAGCAGAUAAAGAACCUAUUUGGAACUCUGUAGAAGUACACAAACUAUACACUGAUAAUGGUGGAUGUAAACUUAGCAGAUCAAAUUUGAUAAAAGCUCUACAAGAGCAAUUUCGUGAUCCAGUUGUGCUGUCUGCGCCAGGUUAUGCUCACAUCAUCACUUUUCCAAACAAAGCACCAUCAAUGUUGAGAUUAUGUCCUGAUGACGGUGAUGAUGAACCAAAUGCUGCUAUUUUUAAAGUGGCAAAACAAAUAAAAGGCAACUUUGAUACUGUGAUAUCUUCGCAAAAUAGAAAAAUGAGUACACAUUCACUAGCUGUUCUAGUUUCACAAACGAAACCAGAAAGUGAAAACUGUCGUAGUUCAAGCACUACUCAGUGUACCAUCAGAAGAUUGAAGAAGAAUAAUAUGCAACGUAACAUAGAUCAUGGAGACACCAAUAGCCCAGAAGAAGCAUCCUACGACAUUUAUCGUGAAGAGGUGAGACGAAGGCAUGACCUAAGAAAUACCCACGAAGAAGCAGAUACGAUUCUUGUACAGCAAGUUUUUCUAGCUGCUAAUGAUGGAGCCGAGCAGACAAUGCUCCAAAACUUAGCAAGUUACUUUUUAGGCGGCACUACGGGUACUAAUACCACCGAAACGGCUGGAGGGGUCACUGAUAACAGCGAUAACAGUAGCAAUAGGGUGGUGCUUCGUACGACUGACGAUGACGACGGAUGGACGAUGGUGGAUCGCGACUCGGAAGGCAACUCGGACGCUUACUCGUCCGACGAGGACGAGUUCAGCAACAGCGGACUGGAGCGAGUGCGACUCGAACGCACCAAUUCCACCGAUUCGAUCUAUCCGGGUGCACAGGCGCACGACAUGGAAGAGAGCUGGUUUGUUACUCCACCUCCGUGUUUCAGUUCACAAACAGGACCAGUUCAGCUCCGAACCUCACCUCUAGAGAACCUGCUGAUCGAACAUCCGUCGAUGAGCGUUUACCAGCGCAACGGAAGCCGUCAUCCCUUGUUGGGCUCCCCAACGCCUUCCGAAGGGCCCCAAGAAGAAGUUGAGGUCGAAGAGGAAAUCCUAGAAGCGGUUGUAGGGGCCGACAUGGUUGUUUAUCGUAUGCGCAAUGCCCCUCAUCGUUGCAAUGGGCCGUUGCAACUCAAUGAGAUGCAGAUGGUGAGGCAUCGUCAAGCUCAAAAGGUGCAAAUAAAAAAGAUGGGCCAACAAGCGGCACGCGGGUACCUGAACCGCGCCAACAAGGCUCGUGACGUAAACGGGCGCAACUGGAACCCGCGCCGCAAAGAACGCAGCCAGGGCGCCAACCGUUCUCACGCCAACAACAAUCGCAAAUGCUAAAUGGGGCGGUAUUUUGCGAUUAAUGAUCUCACACACACAAAAAAUUUAUUUCAUUGCAUACAAUUGAUUGAAAAUUUAACUAGUAUAGUAGGUUGUAGGUACCUAAUAGAGUUUAGAUUUAUUUCGUUCGGUUUAUAUCUACCUACAUGUCUAGAAAAAUAUAGAUUACAUAUAAGGAGUUUUCUAGAUAUUUUGUGUAAUAAUGGAUUUUUCCCUUUUUAAAAUGUUCAUUGUCUUUCUUAUCAGAAUAGCUUGAAAAUUCCAUUAAUAUAAAACUUUAGUCCGCAACGUUCAAAAUUAUUGUUGUCAGAAAAUCAGACUAUGUUAAGAAUUCACAAAAAAGUGUUGAUUCCCAAAAAAGUACCUGUUUAAAAAUAAGUCUCAAAAAUAAUGUCAACACUUACCAUCUACAAUUAUUGCAUUGAAAUGUAUUCUUAACUCAGUCAAAUUAGACAUUUUUUUUUUGCCUUUCUAAGGACUAUAAUAAAAAUUUCUAUGUAGGCUUAUAUCUAUUUUCAAAUCAUUACCAUUCGGAUUUUCCAAACUCCAGCUGAAAACCAAAUGUGAAUGAUUUUUCAUGGCCAGUUUCUUCGAAGAAACUGACCAUUUUUUGACGCGGGAAGAAAUAUAAAUUAAAAAUAAACGCCCGCUUAGGAUUUAGGCUAAUGACAAAAAAAAAUUAAAAAGCACCACAGAGUGUUCAUUAAACUAUAAAAAAAAAUUGUGCAUGCUUUCGAUUUUAUUAUAUUUAAUUGGUAUGUUCCAGUUAACUAUUUCUGGAACAGACCACCAGAAUGUUGCGGCAAUUUUAAUUUAUUUAUGUUUAUUUUGUUUAUUAUACCCUACGUUCCAAAUAUACGAGUUAUAUAGUUUUUUUUUCAAAUAAAUAAUUAAUUAUUUAAAUAUCCAAUUUAUUAUUGAAUCACAUUACGUAUUAUUUACCGGGCAUUGAUUUAAUAAUUAUUAUUAUUAUCGGUCAGUUUUAAGUCGUAAAUGUAAAUUAUUUAAAAAGUAAUGUGAUUAAUUUAUUUGUAAAUAUAGAUGACAAAAAAAAAAGUAUAAUAUAUUUUUUAUUAUUAUUAUUUUUGCAAAAUAUAUGUUUAUUAUAAAUUAUUAUUAAGCAGUUUCGUAUAAUUUUUUUCUCAUUUAUUUGAAAAUAUCUUUUUACUUUAUUAUUAUGUAUUACCUAUUUUUUGAAUCACGAAAUAAAAUUAAUAUGAUAGUUAAUGCCAUUUUUUUUUAUUCAAAAAUAUUAUUGGAACAAUCUGUGAUAAAAAUGUAAGAAACAUAUUUUUCUAACAAUAAAAAUUUAAAUAGAUGUUUUCAAAUAAAAUGAUUCAUAGAGUAUUAAAUUUGUUGCCUAUUUGUUCUCAAAAUUGAUUUAUUUAUUAUUUUAUUUAAAUGUUAAAAUAUAGUGGGCAACUAAAAGAAAUAGUGAUUUAGUGAUAUCUCUCAUAAUUUUAAUAUAAUUAUGUUAUUAAAAAAGUGACCAAGAAUUUAGAGUUUCUAGUUACUUUUUUAAUAAGCAACCAAAAAAAAAAAUUCACUCUAAUUAUUAGGAAUUAAAUUUGUAAUAAUCGGUGACAAUUUUUGUUUGUGAAAUUUAAGAUUCUUUUUGUGACUAAAUUUUGUAUUUAUAGAUUGGAAUUAUUUGGUUUGAUGGUAAAAAUAUGCCAAAAACUUCAAAAAAUUUCAAAAAUUGGGGAUACAUUUUUUAAGACCAUCUCAAACCAAAUAUUCUCCUUCUCAGACUCAAAAAAUAAAUAAAAUUGGACAACACUAAUAAACAACUAAAUAAGUGUUGCUAAAAUAUAAAAACACGUUUUUCUCAAUCACCAAUAAUAAUUAUUCUAGGCUUUAGAAAACGCCAUAGCAUAAAAAUAACAAAUUUUAAAUAAAAAAAAAUAAAUAAAAAAAUCAUACAAAGUGUUUCAUUAAUUUUUCUUUAAUUGAAACACUUUGUAAAAAAACACUUGUAUGACUUUGUGGCUUAUCUGAUUAAUUAAAUGUGUAAGCAACUGUGAAAAAUAAAAAAAAUAAUGUAAUGGUAAUGUAUGAUGCACGAUUAGAUGUUAGUGAAAAAAUAAUUAUGGAAGAUUUUUUUUUUUUUUUUGUAGAAGAGUGUAUUUAUUAUUUAUGGAAAUUGUAUGAAACGAAAAAAAAAUAAAUAAAAUAUAUGAGAAAGUGACAAAAAAAAAACGAAUGUGUGUUGAUAAAAUUUAUGUAGAUGCUAAGACAAGGUAGAAGAGAUGGUUGAUUU